AUGACCCUUGCGUUAGACCCAGAAUAUGUGCGGGCUCUAGAGCCUCUGAAAGCGGCACUCAGCACCCGCGGCCAAGUCGUCGCAGCACACGAUAUCGAAACUAGGAGGGCGAAUAUCAACGACUCCAUGGAACUGUUGAUGGCCGCUCGAGAGACCCAUGCCGACGUUUUGCAUAGUACUAUUUCCGUCAAGUCUCAUGAUGGCGUCAACAUCGAUGUGAUCCAUGUGCGCCAGCAAGGGGCAGAGAGUGGUCCACCAACGCCAGCCGUGGUUCAUGCCCACGGAGGCGGGAUGAUUGCUGGAACAGCCAGCCUGUAUGUGAAGCCAAUCGACAACUACGCCCAUCAUUCCGGUCUUCAAUUCUUUUCUGUUGAUUACCGCCUCGCCCCUGAGCACCCGCACCCAACUCCAGUGGAAGACUGCUACGCCGCCCUAAGACAUAUUUCCGAGAAUGCCCAAAUCUUCAAUAUUGACCCUGCGCGGCUCGCUGUGCUCGGUGAAUCCGCUGGCGGCGGCAUUGCUGCGGGAAUGGCUCUCUUGGCACGGGACCGAGGUCUAACACCUCCUUUGGCGAAACAGAUCCUCAUCUACCCCAUGCUGGACGACCGGAAUGUUGAGCCGAUCGAGCUUCUCCAGCCGUUUGCUGUGUGGAACAGUGUCGACAAUCUCACUGGCUGGACAGCCCUUCUAGGCCGUGGCAAAGUGGGAAAGGACGACUAUAUUUCACCUUACGCAGCUCCAGCAAGAGUGCCGUCAGUAGCGGGCUUGCCGUCUACGUAUAUUGACGUUGGCGAACUGGAUAUCUUCAGAGACGAGGAUAUGGAAUAUUCUAUGAGGCUGUCCAAGGCCGGUGUAUCCACUGAAUUUCACCUUUACCCAGGACUGCCACAUGGCUUUGACUUCAUGGCACCUAGCAUUUGUGUGGUAAGGAGGGCGAUAGAAAACAGACUUAAGGCUAUGGCUAGUUUCUGA